CGCUCUUUGCGUGGCCAUGUCGUAGCCAAUUGCCUCGCCAAUGCAAAUGAACAUUGGAUAACAUUGGAUAAAAUCGGUGCUUUGUGGGAUGCAAAAUGUCGUAUUUGAAAGAUCCACUGAUAGCUUGUCGCUCUCCUCCCAUGAGCCGGACAAGUUCUCAAGAACCGGCCGAAGAUUUGCCUCCGUCUAGGCGGCCUGUGGAUGAUCUGCACGAUUUCACCAAAGAAUUUAUAGAACGCGGCUACCAUGCAGAGUACUGCAAUUGGAGAGACAGCUACCUGAAGUGGAGACAGGGAGAUCACAAGGGAGCCAAAGGAGAGAAUUGUGAGUCGACCCACAUAAAGAACAGGAUGGGCACUUUUGAGUACUGGUAUCCAACAGUGUCGGCCUACAACUUCCGACGAACCUGUGCCUAUUGGAUUGGAGUCCUUUUUGUUGAGGGGUGCCUCUUCUUCUUGUGGCAGCCGUUGUUUGAACUAUAUUGGGAUGAUCCUCCAAAGCGGAUGGAGUUUUGGAUCUCCAAGAUGCCCAUACUGUUUGGCACAACGAUUUUUGGAGCUGGGAUCUACAUGGGCUAUGUUGAGUUGAUCAAUAUGGACACUGACACGAAUCUGACUCGUCCUAACUUUCUGUGGUGUGAUUGGAAGGCCCUCUACCGCCUUCUACAGCAACGAGAGGAAGGCGACACUGAUUCUACUUGCAGUGACAGCAGCAAUGCCCAAGGAGCAAAUGGCAGCUGUGAUGUCUACUGGUACCAGCCACUUUCUUCCAUUGCAGGUUGGGUGAUCUAUUUGAUUGGUGCACUCCUCUACCAAAUUGCAAACAUGGCCAAUAUGCUUGAGCUGGAAGAGGAACUUCACGCACAAAUUGUCGAGUGGCCAUUGGUAUUUGGAGGUGUUUGCUUCUUUAUCGGUGGGUGUUGUGAGCUGAUCCACAACAGAUGCUGGGCAACGCCACCAAAUACAUUUGUUUGGUGGACAUCAGUGUGCAACUUUGUGGGUGGUAUUGGUUUUUGGUUUUGCGCUUGUUCAGAGAUUUUUGGUGAAUAUACAACUCUGAUUGGUGUACAAGGCACUGUGCUGUACCUGAUUGGAGCAGUUUUCAGUUUGUGUAUGUGGCGCACAGAGCAGUUUGGUCUCACCCUGAUCUCCAACUUGAAUAGAGUCCAUAGAGACGAUGGUACCCAGAUUGCGGUCAGAACCGACCAGACCACAGGGGUUAGUCAAGUUGUCCCGAUCAGCAAAAGCACCAGCUCACCGAACCAGGCGUUUAAACUUGAUGAUGUGGGCAACGUGCUGGAAGACAAACUGUCAUGGCGGGGCUUGCUUUUUGUGGUGAUGUGUACUUUGUGGGGUUCGGCAUCCCUGCUCGGCGUGUUGACGGUUCCUGCCGCACCAUGGGAAUACGAGUCAACGUCGCAGACCAUGAAGAGGCACUUGGCAUCUCAAGAAAUGACCAGCGUGACCCACGCUAUAGGUGCUCACUUGAUCAUCCUUUUGAACUCAGUGUCAGUGCAUGUGCCAUGUGAAGAGCCUUACCGUUUUUUGACCUUGACAAUGCGCCUCUGCGUUGUCGUGUUGACCAUGCAGGCAGUCAUGUCGAUUUCGACCUUUCUUGUGGAUGAACACCAUUGACUUGGAGCCUUUUUCGGAGGGGAGGCCUUUUGAGAUACGUUCGAUGCGGCGGUGUGCCCGGGGUACCUAUGCACGUUUGAGGCUUCUGCCAAAGUGGUUUCCUCGGCUGUGGGGCUCGGGUGCCGCACUUGCUGCAAAGUUAGAGAGCUCUUUCGAUAC